UGUAGCGCUCAGAGAUGGGAGCGACGGCCAACGGAUGAAAGGCGCUUGGCUCUCCAAGUUUUUUUUUCCCCCCAACUCUCAGCGUUUUCGUAUUACUACGGAACAGGUCAUUUAUGGUUCAAGGGCGCGUGCAUUUACGCAAUCCCUCUCUGCGGUUCCCAGAUUCCUUUAAAUGGUGGAGCCAACAUUUGAACUUCUUCCUUGCUUGUUGCUGUUGCGAAGUGCGAUCCUCUCAGUAAGCUCGUUUGAAGUAUCGUCUUCUACUCUUACCAGUAUACUUUCGGACAAAGAAAAUCGGUCAAAUGGUUAUUUGUUAAUUUCUCUGUUUCUCGGGAAGUUAAGGAGAGAGAGAGAGAGAAAAACAAAACUUUGACAGAGUGAGAAAAAGAAGAAAACCAGUGUGGGGAAGAAUUCCGGACUUCUUUGCAGAACCGUAGCUUGAUCUAUUUAUUAUUCCCUAUUAUUACGGGACAACUUUACGAGGACCUCCGUAUAGAUGGUUGCCUGGGACUUUUGUGUGAACACCUUUGAACUUUAAGAGCGUGUUUCUGCAUGCCUUCUGCCUUUCCGAAAGUACGGGAGUCGCAACUGUCUUACGUAAUAUGAAUGUUGGUUUAACACACUUUUCUGACCGGAUCUCGCACCAUCCAUCGCAGUAGUUAGCGGAGAAGUGGAAGACCUGUAGGCACUGGGACUCAUAGUCACACUAAGAGAGUUUCAUAGCCUGUCUCUGGAAGAAGAACAAGAAGAAGAAGAAGGAGGAAAAGAAGAAGAAGCAAGCAAGGGGAAACAUUCGUGCUCGUCUGGCUUGUUUUCCCAGACGUCAGGACGGAUUUCCAUCUCCUCCCUGUGCGUCAGACUCACGCUGUAUUUGUUGUUCGGAAAGAGCGCUUCAGGAUAGCAUGGCAAUGGUAGUAAACCAGUGGCAGGAGAACAUUUCCACAGACCCCGGGUCCCAGCUGCAGAUCUGCGGCCAGGAUUCUGGGGGGACACCGGGAACACCGUCAGGUUCCACCUCGGGGAACGAUGCCCUUUCCGGGGACAAGCUUCCCAACGUGGACUGCUUGGUGUGCGGGGACAAGUCGAGCGGCAAACACUACGGGCAGUUCACGUGUGAGGGCUGCAAGAGCUUCUUCAAGCGAUCGGUGCGACGGAACUUGAGUUACACCUGCCGGGGCAAUCGAGACUGCCCCAUCGAUCAGCACCACCGGAACCAGUGCCAGUACUGUCGCCUGAAGAAGUGCCUUAAAGUGGGCAUGAGAAGAGAGGCUGUACAGAGAGGCCGCAUGUCCAACUCACAGACCAGCCCGGGUCAGUACCUGAGCACCAACAGCGAAGCGUACAACGGCCAACCUUACUUGUCGGGCUUCAUCUCUCUUUUGAUGAGGGCUGAGCCGUACCCCACCUCUCGCUACGGCACCCAGUGCAUGCAGUCCAACAAUCUGAUGGGCAUCGAGAACAUCUGCGAGCUGGCUGCCCGGCUGCUCUUCAGUGCCGUCGAGUGGGCCAAGAACAUCCCCUUCUUCCCAGACCUUCAGCUUAUGGAUCAGGUGGCGCUGCUGCGCAUGUCGUGGAGCGAGCUCUUUGUGCUGAACGCCGCCCAGUGCUCCAUGCCCUUACACGUGGCACCGCUCCUGGCCGCCGCCGGCCUGCACGCGUCGCCCAUGUCCGCAGAGCGUGUUGUGGCUUUCAUGGACCACAUCCGCGUCUUUCAGGAGCAGGUGGAGAAGCUAAAGGCGCUGCAGGUGGACACGGCCGAGUACUCCUGCCUCAAGGCCAUCGUGCUCUUCACCUCUGAUGCCAUAGGCUUGUCGGAUGUGGCGCAUGUGGAGAGUGUACAGGAGAAGUCCCAGUGUGCCCUGGAGGAGUAUGUACACAACCAGUACCCCGGUCAGCCCAGUCGAUUCGGCCGGCUCCUCCUGCGGCUGCCCUCACUGCGUGUCGUUUCCUCACCUGUCAUAGAGCAGCUCUUCUUCGUGCGACUGGUGGGCAAGACCCCCAUCGAGACACUGCUGCGGGACAUGCUGCUCUCCGGCUCCAGCUACAACUGGCCAUAUGUACCUGUGCAGAGGGACCGGCCGAUCUCACUCCACUACAACGAGAAUGGACCCUGACCGAUCCUCCCUCUCCCCGGCCCCAGUGAGCCAUCCGCCCACCUGCCUGCCCCAUCUCGAUGCCCCUGUCCCACUGCAACACAACCCACUUUACCAACGCACUGGUCACCCAACCCAGGGCUGAGAACAGACCUACUGCACAUGCCCUGCUCCCACCUGCCAGCCUUCAGCAGAAUGUGAAAGGGAAAAAAUACAUGAUUCACACGCCAGCACAGAUACUUCAGGUUAGAGGCAAGGCCAUCGCUCUUUUCUGAAGAACAUCAACAGAACCUUCUGAUGGACAAAGCCAGAUGCAUUGACUUUAUGCAGAGAUGCAUAUCUUUCUUAGUCUUCCGGACAAUUAGGUUGCUGAAGAGGCCUCUACUGGGAUGCCAGAUUUACUUGGACAGCCUGAGAUAUGAAGGGUGUAGUUCAUAAGGGUACCAUGAAGUGUAACAGCAUAAUAUGUCCAUAUGUGCCCUAUGAGUGCCUAGGAAGGCACCUACAGAAUGUUGUCUGGUCAGAACAGUUGCAGCUUAGUACUUUGAAGGACAGCAGCCCGCUGUGAAAGAGGCUAGUGUGCAGCCCAAAAGUGGCACAGACAUGGAUAGCAGCCAUCCUCAUCCAAGCCGGUGUGACCAGAGGUUGUGUCUGUCGCGAUGGCAUGCGAUGAGAUGGUGUCAUUGGCAACUGGGAACCAAAAAGUCACCACGCUGCAAGGAUGACCUGCUCUAGGUGUGUCUGCAUACUCAGAGCUGCGUUCAGCUGUCAGUCAACAAUUUUCUUAGUGUAUCUGAUGAACGCUCAGAACGUGUCUUUCCAUCCUCUAAGUGUCCAUAAAAUUCACGGUGAGCUCACAGGAAAAUGCACCUGUCGUAGUGUAGAUGUUGUACACUAUUUGAUAUCGGCAAAAAAUAAAUAUGUCAAGGAGUAUUUCUAAAUCAUACCAUUGCACUACAAUGUCAAUGAUUUAAACUGGGAUUGCAAGCCAUUGGGACAGUGGGGGAAAAACAGACUUAUCUCAAUUAUUAUUAGCUCCAAAUAAUGUUUCUACAAGUUUUUGUUUAACUCUGUAUGGAAGAUGGUCAGUAUGGAUUCAGUUAAAUAAAAUAUUCAU